UAUUUCUAAAGAGAGCUGGUUUAACAUUCUGUUUUGGACGAGUAUAUAUGGGUUUGACGAGGCGGGAAAGAAUCCAUAUUCUCCGAUAAAUAGAACCCAAAUUCUUAUUCCCCUCCCCGUCUUCCAAAAUCUCGUUGAACUAAAGUGAAAGACAGCAAUGGAGUCAACCCGACAUUCAUGCUUAAAGCUCGAACCCCAACAUAGCGAGCCCAUCUUCGUAAAGUGUACCUGGUCCCAGUCCCGCUUUGACCUCUCCAUCACCGACGGCCUCCACGCCUGGAUCUGCCACGCGUCGGAAGAGGAGGUGAGAGACCGCGCGGCUCAGUGGGACCAGCCGGUGACCGAGUACGUGGAGUUGGCUGAGCGGUACUUAGGGUUUCAGCAGCCCGGUUCUAUCUACCAGUUCACCGAUGCCGGAGAUGGCCACAAAAGGUUGUCAUGGACUUUUGACAAGGAAGGCACAACACUAGAAUGGCGGUGGAAGUGUCAACUGUCACCCAAUAGUAAGGAAACUACGGCAGGGAUAUUGGACUUUCUCAUGGAUGCAAAUAUAAGGCUAAGUGAAGAAGUUGUCAGAAAAACUCAAUCGUUUGAGAGGCUAAAAGUGGAAGCUGAGAAGUGUCUAGCGCAGAGCGAGAAAAUUAAUGAUGAGAAGGUGGAGUUCGAAUCUGCAAUAUAUGAAAAGUUUCUUGGGGUCUUGAAUUCAAAGAAAGCAAAACUCAGAGAGCUUCGGGGUCAGCUUUCAAAUGAAAAAGCUGCUGGGAAAUUGCCAGAAGAUGAAUCUUCUGAGAAAACAGAUAGUUUUGACAAUGGAAGUGAUGAUGAGAAAAGUGAGGAAGAACCUGCAAAAGAUGUUACAGGCACUUCAAAGCUUGUGGUAGGGAGUAGGCCUCGUGGUCGACAGAGGACCACACGCAUUUAGCUUCACACUAGCCACGAGUUUUCCAAAGUAGACUGUAAACAGCUAAAAACACAAUGCACGCGAAGGUUUGUUUUCAGCUAAAACUGCAAGGACGCGAUCCGACUAGCCGCCGCAUCUUAUGGGAUCGCAGCCUAACUUCUUCGUAGAGGCUGAGGAAUUGCAGCCCAGAAGUUUUCAUAAACGCAGCGGACGAAUCUGAAGCAAAACGCACCAAAGAAUGGCGUUUAGAUUGUUGAAUAGAUCCCCUUCCGCUCCUACAGUAAUAUUGGACAUUUUAUUUAGAACGAAAUGGGCCUAUAACUUCAUGCACAUCACUCUGAAGGUGUAAAAUAAUGGGCUGUAAAUGAUUAAUGGAUUUACAGCCCUUGUUGAGGGACGUCCCUUCGUAUUAUAAUCACAUCGUUGAUUCUGGAAUCUCACGAGAUGUUAUGACCUUCAAAGUUCUGUUACGAAGGGAGGAGAACCCAGAUGCUCUUACUAAAUGCAUGCAAUGAGGAACUAAUAAAUCUUUGAUUCGUUUAAUGUGCAAGAGUAAUGGACAGAAGCCACGAGUCUGAAGAACGAAAUAGUAAUUAGGCAAGAAAAUAUUACCAGAUGUUAUAACCUUCAACAUUCUCGUAGAUGCUACCGGUAAAGCAGGGAAGAUAGACGAAGCCCAAAACAUUUUCGGUGUAAGAAUUUAAACGGGCAUAAUGUUUGGUGUAACAAUCGUAUUUGGCCUCCGGCAAUGGAGAAUUCGGAUGUCAUGGUUUUGUUCAGGUUGUUGAACCUAAUGUUUAGUGUCAUAUUUGUUUGU